AUGCCCGACCAGGACUCGCAGCCCAGGCCGGUGCCAGUUGGGCGAAGCUCGCCCAGCGACCGAGGCCGAUCGCCAGCAGAGGGCUCUUUCUCGCGAGCCACCUCCACCAGACGCCUUGGGUCGCCUGUGCCCACGCCCGGCCUCGCCGCUUCGCCCAGGGUUCCUCAGGUCCCGACUCCCCAGCAGCUUCAGACCGGCGACGUCCCCGAGUCGCGCACCCCGCUCGCCGGCCUCGAGCCCGGCAAGUCAUCCCUUCCAGGCCCCGGCGAGUCGGCCCUCGCAAACGCUCUGAAGGGCUCAUUUGGCGGGAGCCCUCCACGCUUCGGCACCCCUCCCGUGCGCGCCGCCUCCCCGGCUCCCGAAGGCCUCAAUCUCCCCAGAACCAACUACGGCUCUUUCAACUCGCAGCAAGUCGGAAGCCCGUCGGGGCGCCUGGAGGACCACGAGAUUGUGAGAAGACAUCUGGUCGGCGGCGGCAACGGCUCGUCUUCGAACCUCGCCGGCGGUGUCUACGGCUCGCCCAAGCGUGCCCCCGACUACGACCGCACUGCCGACGACGAAGAGAAUGGCAAUUUCGACAGCCUGCAGCUGCAGGGUGGAGAUAUCACGCGCCAGAUCUACCGCUGGACCGAGCAGCAGGAAGCGGAGGCUCAGGGAAAGACGCGGAGGAGCCGCAGUUUUCACGCUGCCCGCCCUCGGCCGGAAGACAACUCGGUGUUGAACAUCAACAGCAUCAAGCAGCCCGGAGGCUUCCGCAGGAACUACAUCAGAAGGGCCGCUGGUAGCCCGUCUCCGGGCCCUUCAGAUGCCCCGAAUGGCGGUGCCGCCAAGCGUCCCAAUCCUCACGUUUUCACGAGCAACUUCCUCGAGUUCUUGAGCUUGUAUGGACACUUCGCCGGUGAGGAGCUCGAAGAGGAUGACGAGGCUCUCGGCCCGGACGAGUACUUUUCGUCGGAUGCCUACGACGAGGGCACAGGCGGCGAAGAAGAUGAGUCGGAAGGGGAGCCUGGCGAGCAUAGCGCCUUGCUUACUCCGGGGAAGAGGCGCAAGAGAAGAAAGCAGAGAGAGUCGGGCAAGGGGACCCCUUCGGGCGCAGCCAUGCUGCUGCUCAAAUCUUUCGUCGGUACUGGUGUUCUUUUCCUUCCCAGGGCUUUCUUGAACGGAGGAAUGCUCUUUAGCAACCUCGUCCUGCUGCUCGUCUCCGGUCUCAGCUACUACUGCUUCGUUCUUCUCACGACGACUCGCCUCUACGUCCACGCAUCAUUCGGAGACAUGGGUUACCACCUCUACGGAAAAUGGAUGCGCAACCUGAUCAACAUCUCCCUCGUCGUCAGCCAGAUCGGCUUCUCAUCCGCCUACAUCGUUUUCGUUUCGGAGAACCUGCAAGCCUUCGUUGAAGCAGUCUCCAAGUGCCGUACUUUCAUCGACAUCAAAUACAUGAUCUUGAUGCAGAUGAUUAUUUUCCUCCCGCUUUCGCUUUAUCGGAACAUCAACCACAUCCAAAAGCUUGCCCUGGUCGCGGACGCCUUCAUCAUUCUUGGGCUCGUCUACCUGUACUACUACGACAUCCUCACUCUUGCUUCGCAACAUGGAAUCAGCGACAUCAAGAACUUUAACCCCAAGGACUGGACGCUUUUCAUCGGAACGGCCAUCUUCACCUUUGAGGGCAUUGGCCUGAUCAUCCCGAUCCAGAGCAGCAUGAAGGACCCCGCCAAGUUCCCUCGAGUCCUCGCUCUGGUGAUGAUCGUCAUUACCGUUAUUUUUGUCAGCAUGGGAGCGCUUUCCUACGCUGCAUUCGGAUCCAAGACCAAGACCGUCAUCAUCCUCAACAUGCCGCAGGACAACAAAUUUGUCAACGGCGUGCAGUUCAUCUAUUCGCUUGCCAUCUUGCUUUCCACCCCACUGCAGAUUUUCCCGGCCAUUGAAAUCAGCUCGCAGCAGCUGUUCAGUAAGACGGGCAAGUUCAACCCCUGGGUUAAGUGGAAGAAGAACUUCUUCCGUUUCUUCAUGGUCAUGUGCUGCGCUCUGAUCGCCUGGGUCGGCGCGGGUGAUCUGGACAAGUUUGUGUCCCUCGUGGGCAGCUUUGCCUGCAUCCCACUUGUUUAUAUCUACCCGCCCAUGCUGCACUACAGAGCUGUCUCGCGUACGUUCUGGCAACGCUUUGCUGACGUUGCCCUUAUUGUCGUCGGCUUGGUCAUGAUGCUGUACACGACGGCACUUACGAUUGAUAGCUGGGUCGGUGGCGACAAUUCGAAACCCCCUGGCUAUUGCGACGACAAAUAA